AUGCGCCCGGUGGAGGAUACCGAUGAAGGCAACCACGACCACGAGCGACUUCUCGACGAAGGCGAGGCCACGCACUCAUGGACCCCAUCAAAGAAGAGGUUAAAGCAGCGCGACAAUCAUAGACGGGCGUGGACGGUGUCGCUAUGUGUCUUCGCGUCCACCCUGUUCUGUAUGGUGGGCAUCUCUGUCGGAUACUGGGUUCAUGAUCUUGACGAGACGUGCUCACGCCAUACGACUCACUACUCCCCCGUGCUCUCAAACGUCCCGAUCAAAUACCAGCGCCAGCGUUUCAACGGCUCGCUAUUGAAGCAGAACAUCUACCGCCAGGACGCGAGCCCCGAAGUCGAUGCUGCAUGGGAAGCCAUAGGCGCGAACUACCGACCCAUCCGUGUCCCCGUCGACCAAGCAGCGAUGUCCGGCAUCACACCAGGCCAGGUCCAGAUCAGCGAAGCUUAUGGCGGCGGGUAUCCAGCGAACAUCGAAGGGUUCCAUCAUCUGCAUUGUCUGAACCUCCUCCGCCAAUCCCUCUACUACAACUACAACUACUACCACGCGAAAGGCGAAGGCGCCUUCAAGAACGACGACUUUAUCGUCCGACGGCAUGUUUCGCACUGCCUCGAUAUCCUCCGCCAACAGCUAAUGUGCACGAUCGACGUCGGCGUCCUCGGACAAGUGUGGAUCCACCCCGAGCAUCCGAGCCCGUUUGUCGACUUCAAUACCGAGCACGUGUGUCGGAACUUCGAGGACAUUCGCGCUUGGGCGGAGAUGAAUCAGUUGCCUUUGCAUGAGCAUGGACAUGGACAUGGGCAUGGAAAUGGAGAUGAGAACGGACAUGGGGCUGAAGGGGCCACGGAGGGCUUUCUGAUCCCGCCGCAGAGAGGAAGCGUGCUUAGCGAGGUGCCGUGA